CGCAGUUCAUGACUGAAAACUGUUCAUGUCUUCACUGCAGCUGAGUCCAGGUUCAGGUAGAGACACCUGGACUCUGAUCUCGUCCAAUCAGACGAGACGUCCUGCAGGUUGACUCUUCAAACCUUUACUCCAGAUCUGUGUCAUAGACUGAAACUCAAAGACACAGCUACUGACGGACAGCAACAGCUGUGUGUGUGUGUGUGUGUGUGUGUGUGUGUGUGUGUGUGUGUGUGUGUGUGUGUGUGUGUGUGUGUGUGUGUGUGUUUGGGGCUGGUCAAAGGUGAGAUCUAGCUUGUGUGUCAGUGCUCGUCCUCAAAUAGAGUCCUUCUUCCUUUUCUUCUUCUCUGGUUGUGAACUCACUGAGCAGUCGAUUGAUCGUAAUCAGCUGACUGUCCUCGUUGCUUCCUCCUUUACUGGACGUCAACCUUCACGCUGCUGAUUACCUGGAUUUUAUUUCAGGCUCCGUCUGUUUCACAACUCUGAUCAGAAACUGAUGAGAAUCUCACACAACAAACCUACAGCUGUGAACAUCUGGACAUGAGAUGAAUAUGUCAACUGCACACAUGGUCGUCUGGACAGAAGAACAUCUGUAAACCCAUAGAACAUAAACCAACAUCUGGACAGUGGAAUCAGUUGAAUGGACCAGAUGUUUGGUGAAGUAGCAGAAUAACGUGUGGACGUCACACAGUUGACCUGAACAGUAGAAGCCAGUGGAACCUGUGAGAACAGUAACGUGCUGUCUCAUCAGAGGACGGAGCGAGGGAUGGGAGGAGCAGUGUGUAAGCAGGAGGUGAAGGAGGAGAAGAGAAGCUUGGGGAGGGAGGACAGUCUCAGACGAUUUAUCAUCAAACAGUUUGGAUACAACGUCCUGAGUCUGGCUCGACGAGGACUGAAGGACGUCCCAGAUGAAUUGUGGGAGCUGUUGGAGUUGGAGAAGUUGAACUUAUCUCUGAACAGUCUGAAGGUUCUUCCUCCUCAUCUCGCUCUGCUCUCAAACCUGGUCGUUCUCAACCUGUGGGGCAACCAGUUGAGCAGUCUGCCAUCAGAGAUCGGUCAGUUGAGGAGACUCCGAGUUUUAUUUGCCUACAGAAACAGACUCACUGAAGUUCCUGAGGAGCUGGGAGCGUGUACACAACUGGAGGUGCUGAGUUUAGCCAACAACCAGCUGUCCUCUCUGCCGGCGUCUCUGUCCAAUCUGACCCGACUCAGGAAACUCAACCUCAGCCACAACCACAUUGCUCACAUCCCGGGCUGUGUCUACAGCAUGAAGGCACUGGUGUUCCUACAUCUGGCCUGUAACCAUCUGGAGAAUCUGGCAGAGAACAUCCAGGCUCUGGUGGAACUAAAGAUCCUCAUUGUGGAAGGAAACAGCCUCCACUCACUUCCCAAGGCCCUCUGCUGCCUGACCAGGUUGGAGCUGCUGAAUCUGGACUUUAAUGACAUUAAAGAUGUUCCACAGGAGAUGCACCAGUUGUGUCGUCUGGAGAAGUUGGCGUGUCAUCCUCUGGAUAAAGGUCUUCACAUCGUCCACAAUCCGCUGCUGAAGCCGGUGAAGGAGGUUCUGGAGGGGGGGCUCACCGCCCUCUUCACCUACCUGAGAGCUGGCUAG